GAGAAAUGAGAAAAGAUAAACCCAAAAUUGUAAAAGAGAAAAAGGAAAAGGAAGAAGAGAAGAAGAAAAAUGGUAAUUUCCCAAAUUGCCCGAAUGACAGUAGGAGUAGUAGUAGUAGCUCAACCCCUCUUAGUAGGUGGUGGGACCUACAACCUCUCCUCCAACUCCAUUAAUUCCCUCAAACUCGCCACGUCGAUAAAUCACCCGCCAAAUUCCGUUUCCUUUAAAUACCGAACGACAACUAUCAAGAAAUCAGGAGUUAGUCAACUUACUGAUUCUUUAUUUUCAAUCGCUGAAAUGGAAAAAGAAUCUGAGAAACUCAGAUCUCACUUCAUUCAAGUCCUUCGCAGCAGACGAUCUGUUCAAGUUUUAUUAUCAGUUGAACAUGGAAAACCAGUUGUGGAUCCAUUGUUUCAAGAUAAUACGCUGCCCACGAUGAAGAGUGAGGUGGUUAAUUUCUUAUUAUUUAUUAAUCUUCUUGUUUUAUUUUCUAAAGAAAAUAUUUAUUUAUUUAUUUAUUUGUUUUUGCAGGCGAUGGAGUCUUGUCCAAAAGCAGAUAUAAAGAAUUUUAAAGAUUUAAUUAAAGAGGAGAAUCUCUAUUUGAUUACUGAGGCAGGAGAUCAAGGGCGUUUGCCUAUGCUAAUUCUGAGCAUGAAACAUGAUAGCAAAGAGAAAAGGCCUGCUGUUGUUUUCUUGCACAGCACAAACAAGUGCAAAGAAUGGUUGCGCCCAUUGCUUGAGGCCUAUGCUUCGCGCGGAUAUGUAGCCAUUGCAAUUGAUUCUCGCUACCAUGGUGAACGUGCCACCAAUAAAUCCACUUAUCGAGAUGCCCUUAUAUCAGCGUGGAAGAAAGGUGAUACAAUGCCAUUCAUAUAUGAUACGGUUUGGGACUUGAUAAAACUGGCAGAUUAUCUUACACAGAGGGAAGAUAUAGACUCGACCAGAAUAGGAAUUACUGGUGAAUCACUUGGAGGUAUGCAUGCGUGGUUGGCUGCUGCUGCUGACACCAGAUAUUCAGUGGUUGUCCCUAUAAUUGGCGUGCAGGGAUUUCGUUGGGCCAUUGACAAUGAUAAGUGGCAAGGUCGAGUUGACAGUAUAAGGCCUUUAUUUGAAGAAGCUCGAAAAGACUUAGGCAAGAGUGCUAUUGAUAAAGAAGUGGUGGAGAAGGUCUGGGAUAGGAUUGCACCAGGUUUGGCUUCUAGCUUGGAUUCGCCAUAUACAAUUCCAACCAUUGCGCCACGACCACUACUGAUUGUUAAUGGUGCAGAAGAUCCCCGUUGCCCACUUGCAGGUAUAGAAAUUCCAAAAUUAAGAGCACAAAAGGCAUAUGAAGAAGCCCAUAGUCAAGAUAAGUUCAAGCUAAUUGCGGAACCUGGCGUUGGGCAUCAAAUGACACCAUUAAUGGUGAAAGAAGCAAGCGAUUGGCUUGACAAGUUCCUGAAGAAGUGAAUGCUGCUGCGUUAUUUCUUUGUCUAUUUUAUGUGGGAAUAAUUUUGUUGUAUAUUAUUAUCAGUUGCAAAACCAAGGAGCUCUUGCCUAAAUUGUCCAAGGCCAUGUGAGAAUGCAUUCAACUCUUGUACUCGA